AUGUUUUAUCAUAAAAAGUCUCCUUCACUUUUAGAUACAACAAGAUAAUCUUUAGAGAAAUGUAGUUUAUUAACGAGUGAUGUUUCAACAAUAAAAAAACCAUAGAUUAGUCCAAUAAGUUUCAAAAAGAUUCGAACACCAUCGACUUUUGUUGAACCAAUAAAAAAAACAUUAAGAUAACUAUCAUAAUAAAUAAACUCUGAUUCAAUAAAUGAAAUUAUAUGUAUUAAUUAAAAGAUCAGUUUGUUACAGCGAAGAAAGUCAGUUUUACUUUAAUAAUUUGAGAGAACAGAGUAUUCAGAUACUCGAAAAGCUAUACGUUACAAUAAAGAUUUUAAUAAUAAGUAUUUCGAUAAAUAAAGCAUUACUUAGAUGGAAAAGAAUUGGACACAUUAUUAGGGAUAAAUGGAUUAAUAAUAUAAAUUUAAUGGAAAAGGUGUUUUGUACUAUAAAAAUACAAAAGUUUUUGGAGUUUUUAAAGAUGGAAAUUUAGAAGGAAGAGCUACUAUAUUCGAUUAAGAAAACAAGAUUAAAAUAGCAAUAUAUAAAUAAGGAAUUUUAUAAUAAAUAGAAUAUCAUUGA